ACAAAAAAUAUCUUCGAAAAAUUCCAAACAAAGAAGGCUCUAAAAUCAAAGAAUUAAAGAUUUUUUUUUCUCAAUAUCUGGGCUUGUUUCGAAAAUCAAUGGCUUCUUUGGUUCUCUCUUCUCUCUCUUUCCUUUUUCAAAAGCCUUGUUCUUUUACAACUUCGCUCUGUUUCAGCUUCGGAGCUCCGACUGAGUCUAGGUUUGGUGGUCCGUUUUCUGUGGGAUUCGGAUCGCUCAAGGAGAGAAAAGGAAGAAUCAAGUUUUCGGUUUACUCCAGAGCUUCUCCACUUGUGUUUCGCGACCUCGACGCCGAUGAUUUCCGGCAUCCGCUCGAUAAACAGAAUACGCUGCUAUUGAGAGCGAUUCCAGGGCUUAGCGAACUAGGAAGAGCUUUACUAGCAGGAACCGUGACAGAGCAAAUGAUGUUUCUUGAGAAUAUAGGAACUUCAGUCCUUGUUUCAAAAGAUCAGCUUCCGGAACUUCAUAAAUUGAUGAUUGAGGCUGCGGGGAUAUUAAAUAUUGAACCUCCUGAUCUCUAUGUUCGUCAAAGUCCUAUUCCGAAUGCUUACACAUUGGCUAUAAGUGGUAAAAAACCUUUUGUUGUGGUUCAUUCUAGUCUUGUGGAGCUUCUGACACGAAAAGAAUUGCAGGCUGUUUUGGCUCAUGAGUUAGGUCAUCUCAAAUGCGAUCAUGGUGUAUGGCUGACCUUUGCAAAUCUUCUCACUCUUGGAGCCUAUAGUGUACCUGGACUUGGUGGCUUUAUAGCUCAAACUUUAGAGGAACAGUUAUUCCGUUGGGUAAGGGCAGCAGAGCUAACUUGUGAUCGUGCAGCCCUUCUUGUUGCACAAGAUCCCAAGCUAAAUGUGGAUGCAUUUUUGGAGCAAGCUCGCUCUUAUGAUAAAGCUUCUUCAAGCCCAAUUGGGUGGUAUAUAAGAAAUGCUCAAACGAGACAACUUUCACAUCCUCUGCCUGUCCUACGUGCUCGUGAGAUUGAUAUCUGGUCAAGAAGUCGUGAAUACAAAAGUCUUCUUAAACGUGCAACUCAGAUGAACGUUGCAGAAAAAGCUUAGCAUUGCUCUCAUGCUCUGGAGAAAGUCAUAGUUUAAAACAUCUUUAAUAGAUUUCCACUUUGCCUUGCAAGAUUUGGUUCCCCUUUUCAUGUAAGAUAUAUUAUAUUGCCAGGCAACAGAGAUAACAGAAAAUGGAGGAAGAUUUGUAAAGAGCAUCUGUAGCUGUUGUAAAACAUUUGUCCAUACAGAAGAUAGUUUAAAUUAAGCGAAGGGAAUCAUAUGUUGCUGCAAAUCAAUGGCAGGUGUUUUAUAGUUGUUCUUCUUUUGUAACUAUGAUAAUGAUAGUUUUUGGGAAUUUACAGUAACAUAAAUACGGUUGAUACUCAAAGGAACAGAGAAAAAUACUGUAUACUAUUGUUCCACAGGAUAAAUCAAUUAUAGCAAAUUUUUAAUCCUGUAGUAAACAUGAUGCUUGCUUGGUUUGUUAAAUAUGUUUCAAUCAUGGUGUGCCUUGAAACCCACGGUUACCAACAAUGGUGGCACUGUUCCUGCUUAGUAGCUAUGGUGUGACACAGAAAUCCUGAAGAAGAAACAACGGCUUGGAUUGAAACGUGGUUUCUCUGUUUUCCUGGAAAACAGAUUCUGUGGAUUCCAGGAAGACCCCGUACUUCCAAAACUUUCCAGCUCCAUUUAAAUAAAAUUAAAAAAGCCAAAAAAAAAAACAAAUCCAAAUAAAGACAUCGUAAAAACCAAUAAAAACCCCAAAAAAGGCCAUUUGUCUCCGUGUUACUAACAAGCUCAAGUUGGCUUUUUAACUAAUCAAAAUCAAAGAUUAUCUUCAUUGUAGAAGAGGGUCCGACUUGCAGAUCGACAGUGGAGGAUUGGCCUCUUCCUUUUGUAGUUGUAGCCUCGUCAACACCAAGUCAAUUUUGUAAACUAAACUAAAACCCAACAAACACUGUUGUUUCUCUAGCUUCUCCAUAGCCGGUAC